GAAGGCGGAAGCGGCUGAUCGCACCCAGAGCUCGUCGAGCCGCCGCCAGUCCCUCACGGACGACGCGCGCCGCCGCUCCGGCCCGGGGCCCGCUGCUGGCCUCCAGCCCUUGCGGGUGCCGAGGUGGCUGGAGAAGGCGCCCUUCCCGCUGCCUUGCCCCCAUUUCCCAGUUGGUUCCUGGCUUCUCCCAUGGCCCGUUCGGUGGCCGACUAGGUCGGGCGUCUGCGGCGGCAGGCUGCGCUCCUCAGGGCGCCGGGCGCCCCGCUGCUUCAGGGGCUGGGCUGGCCGCCGCGGUCUCCAUGGUAACGGCCCCGCCGGUGUCCCGGCCUCGGGGGGAAGAUGCGGCCUGCCGGGCCCGCCGCCUCGCCCCCGGCCUCCCGGCCCGGCCGGGGUCACUGAGGAGCGGGGGCCCGGCCGGCAGCCUGCCUGGCAGCGGGUACCAGUGACAUCCCACUCUCUGGCUGGAGACACAGAUGGCCUCAAGUGAGAGAGAUGCCAUAUCGUGGUAUCAGAAGAAGAUUGGAGCAUAUGAUCAGCAGAUAUGGGAAAAGUCAAUCGAACAGACUCAGAUUAAGGGCUUCAAAAACAAACCAAAAAAAAUGGGUCACAUAAAGCCAGACUUGAUUGAUGUUGACUUAAUCAGAGGCUCAACAUUUGCCAAAGCCAAGCCUGAGAUUCCAUGGACAUCUCUCACUCGGAAGGGGCUCGUUCGAGUGGUGUUUUUUCCGUUGUUCAGCAGUUGGUGGAUUCAGGUUACCUCUCUCAGAAUCUUUGUUUGGUUGCUGCUGCUUUACCUCAUGCAAGUCACAGCGAUCGUGUUGUAUCUCAUGAUGCCUAUUGUGAACGUGAGUGAAGUGCUUGGACCGUUGUGCCUUAUGCUCCUCAUGGGAACUGUCCACUGUCAGAUCGUGUCGACUCAGAUAACGAGGCCAUCAGGAAACAAUGGCAGUAGGAGAAGAAGAAAAUUACGAAAAACUGUAAAUGGUGAUGGGAGCCGAGACAAUGGAACUAACUCCCCUGAUAAAGUCAGAGCCGUAGAAACUCUGGAAUCUGCACCCAGUGUUGGUGGGUUUUGGGGGACUCUCUUUGGCAACAGGAUUAAAAGGGUGAAAUUAGUAUCUAACAAAGGGACUGAAACUGAAAAAGACUCAGGCUGUCUUCUCCAUCCUAUCAUUAAGAAGAGACAGGGUCGACCAGAGAUCAGAAUGUGGCAAGCAAGAGAGAAAGCGAAGGUUUCGGAUGGAGAAAAGUGCCGUAGGGAGGCUUACAGGCGUUUGGGAAAUGGGAUUUCAGAUGAUCUGUCAAGUGAGGAGGACGGCGAAGCACGGACACAGAUGAUAUUACUGCGUAGGAGUGUGGAAGGGGCGUCCAGUGACAAUGGUUGUGAAGUGAAGACUAGAAAAUCCAUACUGUCAAGGCACCUCGACUCUCAGGUAAAGAAAACCACGACAAGGUGGUGUCAUAUAGUACGGGAUUCCGAUAGUCUGGCUGAAUCAGAAUUUGAAUCGGCAGCUUUCAGCCAGGGUUCUAGGUCCGGUGUGAGUGUUGGCUCUCGGAGCCUUAACUUGUCAAGAAGAGACUCAGAAAGCACCCGCCAUGACUCAGAGACCGAGGAUAUGUUAUGGGAUGACCUUCUCCAUGGCCCAGAGUGCCGGUCAUCUGUCACCAGUGACAGUGAGGGGACUCAUGUAAACACCCUUCAUUCAGGGACCAAACGUGACCCCAAAGAAGAUGUUUUUCAGCAGAAUCAUUUAUUCUGGCUUCAGAAUUCAAGUCCUGCCUCUGAGCGAGUUAGUGCAAUAAUCUGGGAAGGAAACGAGUGUAAAAAGAUGGACAUGUCUGUGUUGGAGAUAAGCGGCAUCAUCAUGAGCAGGGUCAAUGCAUACCAGCAAGGAGUCGGCUAUCAGAUGCUGGGGAACGCCGUCACCAUUGGCUUAGCAUUUUUCCCGUUUUUAUAUCGACUUUUCCGAGAGAAGAGUUUUGAUCAACUGAAGUCCAUCUCAGCAGAGGAGGUCCUAACCCUCUUCUGUGGGGCACCGCCUGUCACACCUGUUGUUAUUUUGUCUAUAAUUAAUUUUUUUGAAAGACUGUGUCUUACUUGGAUGUUUUUCUUCAUGAUGUGUGUGGCAGAGAGAACAUACAAGCAGAGAUUUUUAUUUGCAAAACUCUUCAGCCAUAUUACUUCUGCCAGGAAAGCCAGGAAAUAUGAAAUACCUCAUUUUAGACUCAAAAAGGUGGAGAACAUUAAAAUAUGGUUAUCGCUGCGCUCCUAUCUGAAGAGGCGGGGUCCACAGCGCUCAGUGGAUGUGGUUGUGUCGUCUGUCUUCUUGCUGACACUCUCGAUUGCUUUCAUUUGUUGUGCACAGGUUCUUCAAGGCCACAAGACAUUCCUGAAUGAUGCUUACAACUGGGAGUUCUUGAUCUGGGAAACAGCACUGUUGCUGUUCUUGCUUCGCUUGGCCUCCCUGGGGUCAGAAACCAACAAGAAGUACAGCAACGUUUCCAUACUGCUCACUGAACAGAUUAAUUUAUAUCUUAAAAUGGAAAAAAAGCCAAAUAAGAAAGAACAGCUCACUCUAGUAAACAAUGUAUUGAAGCUGUCCACCAAGUUGUUGAAGGAGCUGGACACACCAUUUAGACUCUAUGGACUGACCAUGAACCCCUUAAUCUACAACAUCACAAGAGUAGUCAUCCUUUCUGCCGUCUCAGGAGUUAUAAGCGAUCUUCUAGGAUUCAACAUAAGACUGUGGAAAAUUAAGUCCUAAGCUGAGUCGUGUGCCUGGAUUCUUUUCUGGCUGGUGUCACUGCUCGCCCACUGAGGACAAAGAUGGCUCACUGAAACCAGCGACCCUUGCCAGCUCACAUGCAUAAACCUCUUUGCUCAGCCCAGCCUAACGAAUGGAGUUUCCAGAGGGCACAUCCUUUCCCUGGGCAUGCGUGUGAAAACCUGCACUUUCAUGGUCUCAAGCAACGUGAACAGUCAGCAAACGAAAGCCUGCCUGACUGACACUGGACCUUCUGAGUCAGGACAUUUAUCCUGGACCCUCCAGUAUUGUGCUAGUUAUAUUUACUGGAAAUAGUCUUUUGGGUAACCAUGGUAGAUGCCCAAAGCAUGAAGCAAUUAUCUUUUAUUGGAAAUAUGCAAAUUCAAUACUUUUCUAUUAUAGUCUAUGGAUUGGGGAUUUCUCUAUCAAAGAGAGAUAAACUAUUUUAGGUUGAAUCUAAAUAAAAGAACUUUACUGGAGAAUUUCAGUUUCUAGGCUCUUUUGCAGGGAGGAUGGAGAAAUACAGUAACUUUAAACUGAAUUUCUGUUGAUUGUAGAGAAAAUUUUAAUGUAUGCUUUUGAGUUAGUCCUGUAAGUGUAGUUGUUGGUGAGUCCUGUGCACUCAUGAGUAAUUCAGCCAUGCCCAUUCGAUAGCAUGGCUUUGCUAAUGGUUUUCCUGCUAUGUAUGCAAUGUCAUGUAUCCAGCCUUUAGUACAAUUUCAGGUCCUCAGUGUCUAGCCAUCGCCACACUGUGCCUUGGAUGUAGGUUUUCUUAUGAGCAUCUCAUCAUGCAUGCGUCUCUUAAUGGAGACACCAGCAUUCUUGCUCAUGAUGCUCUCUGCUUUGAAGAAUCUCUUGAGGAAGACUGGAAGUGUGAACACCUUAAUGGUAAGAUUUUGUAGAAUUUGGACAUCUCUUGUACUACACAUAUAUAUCAUAGGAUUGAUUACACAUUUUUUAUAUCUCUUUAUUUUAUGUGGAUAGAUGUUUUGCCUGUGUCUAUAUUUGUACACCAUGUGCAUGUCUGGUGUCUGAGGCCAGAAGAAAGCGUCGGAUGCCCUGAGACUGGAGUUAGAGAUGGUUGUGAGCUGCCAUGUUGGUGCUAGAGAUGGAACUCAGGUUCUCUGCAUGCAUUAUUAACCUCUGAGCCAUCUCUCCAGCCCUGGUUACACAUUCUGUAUGCAGGGAAAUUGAUGAACUUAAAGAUGAGCUUCCCAAGAUUCCAGGAAUUGUACAGAUCUUCUCUGUUUGCAUCCUUGUCCCUGCUACUAAGUGUCUCAAUUUCCUCACAGGUUAAGUAGUGAUAAUAACUACCUAAUGUGGUCGUUCCCGUUUAAUGAGAUUGUCAUAAGUUCCUAGCACCAUGUAAAAUACAUAGCCGUUAAUUGCACUGUAAAUAUUAUUACUGUCUACACCCUUUAAAAAAUCUGACAGUCAUAACUGUGAAGACACAAAUAUAGGUAGUGGGUCAGCAAGAAUACUCACUCAUCCCAAGUGCUGUGAGGGAGCUAUACUUCUUUUUUUUUAAAACCCAAAGUUCCAUUGAUCUGUGUGUGCAUGUGUAUGUGUCUGAGUGUAUGCUCACACAUUUGUAUAUGCAUGUGUGGAGGUCAGUAAAGCAAGUCCAGUGUCCUUUACAAAUCCCUGCUGGUUCCUUUGAAGCAGGGUCUCCUGAACCUGGUUCGUGUUCUUUCAGCCAGGCUGGAAGCCAGAGCCAAACAGAUCUCCUAUCACCACUCUCUUUGGGAUGUGAAUUCUGGUCUUCAUUAUUGUGCAGAAAGUGCUCUUAACUGCUGAGCUGUCUUUCCAGCCCUAGGGGAUGUGAUUCUUGAAGCUGAUCUCUAGACACCCCAGGCUUCAACAGACGGCUCACAGAAAGUAGCUGCCCAUUUUCCGUAAGGAACAAUUGUCUCAAAUUUAAGAUAAAGUUUUGCAGAGUUUGGCUUUUUUAUCUGGAACCUUUACAGUGAAUUCUAGUAAUUUAACUAGAGGGUUAGCUUAGACUAUGAUUUUGGUGGUGUGGAAAAGGCUGGUGUUUCAGGUGGGUAAAUUCAUAUACAAAGGCAGCUAUUAUUUGUCAGUGUUGGAAUUGUUGCUCAUUUGCCUGUCUUAUAUCCAGUACCAAGUCUGAAUAAUUAUCUUCUGAUCACUUCAUGCUUCUCUGUCCCCAUUGCUACCCACUCCAAUUUAACAUUAUUGUUUUAAACAAGGUCUUUCUGCUUCCAUUUUUUUUUUAUAUAUGGCUUCCUCUCCCCCUAGUCCAAUCCAGUGUUGUUUUUGUUUAGUUUUUUGUGUAGUUUUUUUAAGAUGGUAGAUCUUUUGCAAAAUCUGUCUCAUUUGGAAUUCAUUCAUAGUUUACUGUUGAAGGGUGUUGGUGGUGCACACUUUUAAUCCCAGCACUUAAGAGGCAGAGGCAGGCAGAUCUCUGUUGAGUUUGAGGCCAGCCUGGUCUACAUAGUGAGUCCCAGGACAGUCAGGGUUACCCAGUGAAACUGUGUCUCGAAAAACCAAACUAAAACAAAAACCAUAGUUUACUGUGAUUGUGAAGAUAAUCCAGUCUUUUAAAAUAAGGUAUUUAGGCCUAUUCCAUUGAAAUAUUCCUAAAUCUUUAUUACGUAUAAAAGAUAUUUUUGUUGAAUAUAAGAUUUUUAGGUUUAAAAAAGUAGUUUCAUGCUGGGGUAAUGGUGCACACCUUUAACCCAAGCCCUCAGGAGGCAGAGGCAGCUGGAUCUCUGAGUUUGAGGCCAGCCUGGUCUAUAAAGCAAGCACCUGGUCAGCCAGGACCACAUAGUUAGACCUUGUUUCAACAAAAACAAAAAGUUGUCCCACUGCUUUCUGGAUUGCCGUGUCUCUGGCCAGAAGUCUUUCCUUUUUGUUCCUCCUCCAAUGACGAAUCUUCUGUUUAAUUUUGACUGCUUUCAAGAUUGUUAGCUUUACCACUGAAUUGGUACAGCUGAAUUGUUUGUGUUGGUAUGACUGUUUUCAUAUUAUUUGUGUUGGGGUUUGUUGGACUUAAGGAAUCUGUGGUUUAUUGUUUUUGUAUCAUUUUAUAGGUAGUUCAUAUUUUCACGUUAUCAGAUUAUAAAACUUUUUGGCAUUAAAAAUAAUUUUUCUACAUUCCAUUCUGACGUGUCUCCCUUUGGGACUCAAACCCACCAUGUGUGUAUUAAGUUGCUUGAAGCAUCCCUUAGCUCACCUAGUUUAUGCUUUUUCAGACUAUUUAUUUAUUUAUUUAUUUAUUUAUUUAUUUAUUUAUUUAUUUAUUUUUGUUGUACCUUUAAGUUUUCUAUCCUGUUUUGCACUAAUUUGGAAAUCUCAUCCAGUAUAUUAAUUUUUGAGACAGGUUGCACUAUGUAACCAAGGCUGGCCUCCAGCUCCUCAUCCCCCUCCAUCUGUCAGCAUCACAAGCAUGUGCUAGUCUGUCUGCUCUAUCCAGUACAUUGUCCAUCUGUAAAAGUUUGGAACAAAGCCUUCCAUGUCUCUCCUUAAAAUAGUUAUUUUCUCUCAUAUAAUUUAUAUAUUUAUAUUUGCUAUCUGGGUCAUUUGGGAUUUUGUUGUUGUUGUCUCUUCAUUUGGGACAUGUUCCUGUUUUACAUGCCUGGAAUUUUUUUAUUGGUUGUGAAUUUUAUUGUUGGGAGUGCAGUGUUGUAUGCAUGUAUUUUUGUUGUUGUUGUUUUGUUUUGUAAUCUUACUUAGCUUUUUUGAAAUGCAGUUUCUUCAAGACAGGGCAUUUCAAGGAUUGUUUUAAAGAUUGGUAGAUGUGCCAGGGGCAGCUAGACUUAGGAUAAUUCUUCUGCUAAAGCAACAUUUUCCUACGCACUGCACUUGGUCUUCUGUUUGUGAGGCACAAGGUUUUCCUGCCUUGGUAGUCUAGUCCAGCCCUGUGUGGAUGUUAGCCUUUUUUCUGCCUGCUUCUUUUGGAGGUUCAUUGUGGUUGGGUUCUCAUGUGCUAAUGCUACCAGUACUCAGUUAAAACUAGGCUACCCUUUUGCAUGUCCCUGGAGCUCUCCUUCUCUUUGAGCAACUGCGCUGUCUGGUGCUGGUUCCUUCAGGGGCUCACCUUUCCUGUGCACCUGUCACAGCAAGACUGCUGCUGUGUUUGGCUUUCCUUUCUACACUGCAGGCCAGAGGCUACUUGUCGGCAGUCUUGGGGCUCUCCUUGUUUAUAUCGUCGUGUGCUGCUGCCCUUGUCCAGAACCUAACAUCUGCUAUUAAACUUUUCCCAUUAUUUUUAGUUUUAAGGAGAGACAUAUUUCCCUCACCUUAGUAAAUGGUAUAGAGCUGAUGCAGCGCUCAGGUAAAGGCUCCAUGUUUAAUCUAGCUCUGCCUUGUGCUGGUUUGAAAGAUGUCAUGCUUAGUCUGGAGCAUUUGAAUACUCCUCCCCAAUUGGUGGUACUCUCUGGAGAGGCUUAGGAGGCCUAGCUAGAGGAAGUGUAUCACUGGAGAGCAACUUUGAGAACUAAAACUCUUGCCAUUUCUAGUUCAUGCUCUCUGCUUCCUGCUUGUGAGUCAAGAUGUGAGAUCUCAGCUUUUGCUGCAGCCAGCCUGCUUGCUGCCUCUACUCCACCGUCAUGGACUCCUAACUUUCUGGAGCUGUAAGUCCAAACAAACUUCUUUGUAAGUUGUCUUGGUGUAUGUUUUAUCGAAGUCCUAUAAAAGUAACUAAUACAUGGUUUUCACUGCCACUAGCUAAGCCUCCUCUAGGCUCCCUUGGGCUGCUGUGCCAUGUUGGAUUUCCAUUAUAGCUGAAAAGUUGAUUUUCCACAGCUGCAUCCACUUAAAAUAUGGAAAUUCUUACACCAUCAGCAUUAAACCUUAUAGGAGUUUCCUGUGGUCACCUCCAGGGCCUCUGUGACAGUGCUGCAUUCCUUUCUAGUUUGACAUCCUCUACCUCAUCUUACUUCUCUGCCUUCACACCAUCCCUUUUACCAAGUUUUCCCUUCCUAGGCGUAUCCAGGUGUUUCUUCUGCCUUGGAAUACGUAUUUUUCACUCUUGCGCUGGAUAGCUGAUGAUCAGCUCUCAGCCUUCAGUUUUCGAUAGCGUCUCUCUCAUAACUCUAUCAGUCACAUCACUCACUGAUUUCCUUCAUGUGUCUCACUAUCUUCUACUUGUCUUUCCUCCCAUUAGACUGUGAGUGCCCUGAAAACAACAGUACCAGAUUCCCUAACAGAUACCUAGGAGACAUGCACUGGGGGAAGAAUAGCCCUCCCUCCUGUCUGUCACUCCUGUGCAGCAAUCAGUGCUUCAUCGAUCCCCGGGGAAUAUCUAGUGACUUGUACUUUGAUUCCCCCAAAGGGCUAAGAUUUUGGUAGUAUUACAUUAUUGAGAAAUAAAACCAAGAUGUAAAAAUAGAAUUAGGUUAAACUGUUCAUACAUUUUAGCAGUAACUACCAAAGAAUAAGAAAUGUACUUAUUGAUUGGGUUUUAAAUCUGUUUUACUGGGGAAAAUCAUCCUUCCUAAAAUUGCUAUGGAGGUAUACUCUAUAAACCUCUAGACAUGUUUAUAGUUGUGACCAUAACUUAACACUGAAAAGCUAAAUAACCAUGUGCUUGCCUAACUGGAAUAUGAUUUUCUUCACUUUUCAGCAAGAGAAAUUCUAAAUAACAGAGUGUCUCAAAUGUGUCAGUUUAUGGGUUCAAGCUUUCUGUUCACUGGUAGACAAACCAUGCAAGGUGAAUCAACCUUAUUUUAAAUUAAUAAAACAAAGUUUUGAAAAAUUUAAA